AUGAGACUCCUUUGGUUGUUUUUCAUAUUUUGCCUACAAAAUAUUGUGACUAUUGAUUGUGCUGAAGAAUACGUCACAUUAUGGGCACCUAAAAAAGUUUAUGAUGAAAAAGACUACAAUGUCGUCCUGCUAUCCACUGAUAUUGACAAAAGAACUGAAAUUGCCCUUCAAUUUCGCAAAAGUUUUGGAACACUCGGCUUAGCUUCGGAUAAAGUUCAAAAGGUUAAAGUAAAAAACAGCGAUAAAACAGGAUCGAAGAAGGAGUUUGAGCUGUUCAUGACGCUGCAUCGAAAUGAGACGGGAGCGAGUGGACAGCGACAAAUGUGCAUGACACAAACAUUGCAGAAAAUCGAGGCUGAAAAAAGGCAAUAUUACACAUUUAUUCAGACUGACAAGCCAAUCUACAAACCUGGAGAUACAGUCAGGUUUAGAGUUAUCGUUGUUGAUCGAGAUUUGAGGCCGUACCACAUGAACAACAUAAACAUCAAUGUGACAGACUCACUUAACCGACCAAUUAGGGAGUUUGAUGAUCUUGGUGAGAACUUCUUGGGAGUCUUCACGAACAACUUUACAUUGGGUCAAAACACGCCUUUGGGUAUCUGGAAGAUUCGAGCAGUUAUCGAUAAAAUUGAACAGUGGGAGACAUCUAAAGAUUUUGCUGUUGAAAAGUUCACACUUCCUCCAUUUGCUGCUUACAUCACACUUAAGGACAAACAUUUGCUGACCAACUCAGUUCUUCAACUUUCCUUCCAUGCCAAAUAUUCAUUUGAGGAUUUUGUCCGUGGUAAUGCACACCUCACAAUUACAUGCACAACAAACGGUGAAGUUGUCGUAUCAAAGCCAUUUAGUGACAUAUCUGGCAUCCAUAAUGUCAAAUAUAAGGCACAUGAAGAAUUGAAGGCUAUAACAACAACAAAACUCGAUUAUUUGGCAUCUGUUGUCUUUACAGACCCAGAAAGUGGAAUUAGUGCUAAUAAGUCCAUCAAGUUUACAGUUCAUGCAGACAAUAGUCCAAAGAUCCAAACUAAUCAUCCAGAAAAAUUCAUGCCGGGACUUCCGUUUGGCAUUAAAGUUUUUGUCUUUGACUGGAAAGAGACAUUGAUUCUAUCGACACCAGAAAGAGUUAAGAUCAAGCUAGAAUGCAUUCUUCAGAACGGCGAAAGUAGUACAAUCCUUGCUGAUGGCGUCAUUAAACGUGGUGUGGCUAUACUCAACCUUAUUGUUCCUGAAAAUGUCGAUCAACUGACUGUUAAAAUAACAUACCUUCAAGUUACUUAUGAGAAACAGAUUCCAAAAGGUGCUGUGGUUGUUGGAGUCAACAAGAUUGUUGUGGAUUAUUUGCCAAAACUACCAAAUCAUGGUGAUGUUGUGACUAUCCACGUCCGAGCAGACUCAGAAAUUGAUCAACUUAUUGGAAUCGUAAUGUCAAGGCAUGGAAAUAUUGAAAGUCAUCAAGCUUACUGUAGUUUUCGCAUCAACUGCAAAUUCAACUUUACAAUCACAAGGGACAUGAUGCCUGAAGCUAAGGUUGUGGUUUAUUAUGUGAAAGACAGACAGAGUAUGUCACAAGGAGAGACAACUAUUACGACAAUUGAGCUUGGAAAGAAUACGCUCGACAUUGAACUCCCGCCAUCAGCAAAAACCAGAAAAAUGGUAGAAAUGAAAAUAACAACGGAACCUGACUCAACAGUCUACCUUCUUGGCUAUGACAAACGUCUAACUUACUUAUUCCAAGGAAAUGAUGUGAAAAAGGAUGAUGUUGUAAAGGAACUUGCUGAUUUUGAUGGAACUAAUCAAGUCACUGUAUUCCAUAUCAAGAAAACUAACUGGCAUGAAUGCAAUGAACAGGAACUUUAUAGAAUUCGAAGAGGAAGAAUUUUCGUUGUUCAGCAUAGCGGUGAUGAGUUCUCAGCAAAUUCUGAUGAUGAUAUGGAUGAAGAGUUGGGCGAGCUUGAAAGUGAACGAGUUGUGGACACAACAUCCGUAGCUGUAGCUGAUGACAUUCGUGAAGACUUUAGAGAAGUUUGGUUGUUUGAAGAGCUUGAAGUGUCUGAAGGAACCUUGACAAAACAGUUCCAAACUCCAGACUCUAUUACAUCAUGGAUGAUCUCAUCAUUCUCAAUGAAUGAAGAGCAUGGAUUAGCAAUUGGACCACCAAAGGAACUGAUUGUUAAGAAUCAAUUCUUUACCAAAGUCGUGUUGCCUUACUCGAUCAGGUUUAAGGAGAAGCUUCGCAUUGAUGUUAUGGUCUACAAUUAUGUCGAAAGCAAAGAAGCAUUGGAUGUUAAAGUCAGCAUGUUUGAUUAUGAAGGUAAAAGUAGCUUCCGAUUCUAUGAUACAGAAUGCAGCACAACAGCAAGUGCUGAGACAAAGCCAUCAAAAACUGUCAGUGUCCCAUACGAUAAUGCUAGACGUGUCUCAUUCUACAUACAGUCUGGUGCUGAUAGAACAAAGUUCGAGCAAUUGCUGAAAAUUAGAGUUGAUGCAGUUGCCAAAACCCGGCAUGGAGAAACUCUUCAAGAUAAAUUGUUAAAGAAGUUAAGAGUUGAGCCAAUUGGAGUUAAAACUUAUGAAGUUGAAACCGAAAGCUACAGUCUCAAGCCAUCACAAGCAGCAAAAGUUAAAGCACUUUACAAAAAUGUUACAAACUCAGAUGAAUAUCCAAAGUUUAUAGUCGAAGUUGUUGGAGACUUUUUGACGGAUGACAUGAGUAAAGUCAAAUUAGGAUAUGAAAUUUACCCACACAAUUGUCUCGAACAAAGGACGUCAAAGCUGAAAGGUAAUGUUGAGCACUUCCGAUAUUUAAAGGCAAAGAAUCCAAAUCCAUCAUCACAUGGAUUUACUGAAUAUUAUCAAUCCAUCUUGGAUCAAAAGACAAAGAAUUGGAACUACAGAGGCAACACCGGAUUCAGAGCGUACUUUAUUGAAGCUAUCGCAUCAGCUAUGGAAAUUGGAGCACUUCCAAAGAAUGCUAGAGUUGUUGAACAAGAAUUGGAUGCCUUGAAAGGCAAGCAAAAUGCUGAUGGAACGUUUGGUGAUUUUGGACCGACACCGCCCAGCAGAAGCACAUACUUCCAAACUGCUUAUGUCUUAAUUCCAUUUUUGAAGAUUAAAAAAAUGAAUUUUCUUACAAAGAAUUAUGAUGAAGUGAUUCAAAGAUGCUUUAGUCAUUUGACCGGCAUACAUGCUGUAUCGGGUACGGAUAAGGAAGCUUAUGGUUUGGCUGCAUUAGCGUAUGCACUAAAUGGUGACAAUAAUCAGGCACAAAAGAUGCUCGAUGAAGUUGAAAAGGACAUUGUUAGAAUUGACAAAAUUCGUAAAUGCUAUAAAUUGUCAAGAAGUCAGACAAAAUGUGAUAUGAGGCAUACAUCAUAUGUCGCAAUCACAUACUUAACAAUGAAAAAGGUUGAAAAUGCAAAGGCACUCAUCACAUGGCUUCUUACUUCAUAUAGAGUCUACAGUGCCUACGAAUAUACAUACGAUGUUGCUAUCACGACAGAAGCAAUUGCUAAGUUUUUAAUCACAAGGGAAGUCCAUCCAACCACUGACUUUAAAGCAACUUUAACAAAUGAAUUAGACUUUAAUGAAGUUGUGCAUAUAACAACGAAAAAUCAAAAAGAUGCCAAAGAAAUUAUUUUCCCAGCUUAUACCCUUAAACCUAAGGUAUCGGUUACUGGAAGUGGAUACAGCUCAAUUACAACAAUUAUUGAAAGUACUGUCGCUUUGGUACAGACAAGCUCGAAGUUCUUGUUGACAGUUAAGCCAGCAAAGUCAACCUCAAAUAUUAAAACUGUCCAAAUUUGUGCUACUUAUCAGCCACUUGAGGAUGAAGUCAGCAUGCAGACACUUGUUAAUGUUAUCUAUGAUGUUGAAAUGCCAAGUGGAUAUACUUAUACUGAUAUUGAUAGUUUGGAUAAGAAACCGGAAAUUAAGAUGGCGCAUCCAAGGAAGGGACGAUCAAAAGUUCAAAUUUACUACAAUGACUUCGAGCGUGGUAAACAAUAUUGCGUUGAUGUUAAAGCUACUAAAUUCUUUGAGGUUAAGGACGUUCAGAACGCUGGCGUCAUGAUUUAUGACUUUAAUGAUAAAACAAAUAUCGCCAUUGAUUUCUACACAUUUUCAAAUAGUUGCUAG